AACCCAAUCUCAAAUCACCCAUCCAAAACCCAACCACAUCAGAACCCACUCCCACCUCAUUCUCAUCUUCUUCUUCUCUAUCAUAUUCAUCAUCAUCAUCUCCUUCUUUCCAUAUUUACAAACAUCUCUCUCUAUUUCUUCUCCUUAUCAUCCUCUCUCCUCUCCUGCUCUUGGACGUAAUUGAAAAAAAACAAAAUGAAUCGAUGUGGGUAUCAACAGAAGAGCAGUGAGGAGAGGAGUAUGAUGAUGGUGGAUACGAUGUCUAUGGUUUGCCCUAAGCCACGUAGAUUAGGGAUUUUGAAUCCUUCUCUUAAUGAUCAGCUUAGACCUUUGAGAUUGCCCAUGCCCAUCAAUUACCAAGGUGAAAUGGGAGAUUCAAAGGCUGGGGCUGAUCUUCUUGAUAUAAUUCUCACUAAGGGAGGAUGUGUUGGUUACCAAGUGGCAUCAUCUCCGCCUUUUUAUUGCGGAUCGCCUCCAAGCAGGGCAUCAAACCCUGUUAUCCAAGAUGCACAAUUCGGCAAUGAAAAGAUCACUCAUUUUUCUCCUGGUCCACUAUCACCAUCGUCGCGUAAAGGAGGAGGUUGUGUCCCAAUGACUUAUGGCCACAAGCCCGCUGCUGUGAGGGUCGAAGGGUUCGAUUGUCUUGGCAGAGAUAGGCAAAAUUGCAGUAUCCCCGCCGUGGCAUAGAACCGUUGAAUGGUAACGGGAAAAAGUCAGGCAAAUUUUGAUGUUAAAAAGAGGGAGAAGUGAAGAAAGAAACUAGUAGAGCUAAUGGUACUGUGUUUUUGGUUCUCUUUUGUUGUAUAUAUGAGUUACUGGUUUAUCUAGGGCGAGUUUUAUCUCUCAAAAUAUGUACAUGUAAUUAAGGUUGAGAGAUGUUUAGUUUUGAAGAAAUAAUAAAAAGAAAAGGAAAAAAAUGAAUUUGAUUCUGUUUUCAGUUUUCAGGUUCAUUUUAUUGUUGUUCAUAGAG